CGGCAGGAUUGUUCCUUCUACAGCACUAAUACGGUGUGUUGCGAGGAUAUCGGAACGCUUCAUUGCACGGUGUUGUGUUGAAGCCAACUGCAGACGAAAAUGUGCAAAUUGAGCUGAAAUGCUCUCAAAUGUCGGCUUCACCAGGCCUUCCAGAUCUGUCGGGGCUGCAUGGAAGUUUUCGAGAGGUACAUUAAGGAGUGGCAUCUCGGCUUCCCCAGCCCGUCAGCUGUCUUCCGUGACAAAGACGCACAAGCGGCGCACUCCUAGCCCAUGCCGCCUAGAGACCACACGGGAUGCGCCGGUUGGCCAAGUGAGGCCACCAUGUUUUCCAGGAGUGAGGACGGUUACGACGAAGGCACAAGGUGAACCGGUGCCGAACGAAAGGACGACCAGCGACAGUCAAGUCGACGAAAUUGUUAAACCACCCCCACCUACCUCAGGUCAAGUCGGGAGCGCGCCAUCAAACGAUCUCCUGUCGAAACAAGUCAGAGCACUCAUGCGUCACGUCGCGCAUCCAGUCACAGUGAUCACUGCUACAGAUAUCUCUUUUAGUCCCAAAGGAGACCCUCGAUCUUGGAAAGGAGCCACAGUCUCAUCUUUCAACACCGUGACACUUGAUCCAGACCCGAUUGUUUCGUUCAACAUCAAAAAGAUUUCGUCAACUUUUCAAGCCAUCGAGAAUUCGGGCCAUUUCGCUGCUCACUUCAUGUCCGGUCUCCAACCACUAUCUGUGAGAAUAGCCAUCAAAUUCUCACGCGGCAAUCAUGCAUCACCUUUCCACAACGUUGACGGAAAGCUAAACGAACACGCCAUAAAGCACAAUGCCCAUACACUCACGGGAAAGCCGCCAGUCUUGCACCACGACUCGAGAGUUGUACCGCUGCGCUUGGCUUGCGAAUAUAUGCCCUCGAAGUUGGUACACAUUGGGGACCAUGUGGUUGUUUUUGGUCGGGUGACGUCGGUGGACUACCCCACGGAGAUGCCUGAGCUGGUCGGUGCAAAAGGCCUCACACCGAUAUUGAGCUAUGCAAACGGUGGGUACGGCCACAAUGGCAGGUUCAAUACGUACCGUAGAGUUCAGCUAGAGGGGGAGAUACCAGAGACUUUACUCGAUCCGAAGACUCGUCAAUAGAAGUGGUGAUGAUGCACUCCCAAAUACACCGAACCCCCGAGCAACGUUUCUCCCGUGGAUGGUUUAUUCAGUCCAGGUAUUGGUGCUCUUAGAGACAGGCUUGGCUUUAUUGCUGUCCAGCGAAGACAUUUGUUAAUUCACGUCUCCUUUAAUAUGGUCUGUUUGGUACUGGACCCGUUUGUACUAUGUAUACUAGCACCCUGAUGUAGGUUUACGACUCAACCUGAGCAGGUGUCAAUGAGCC